AUGAUUAAAGCAUUAUCAAUAUCAGUAACAGCACUUACUUUACUGUUAUCACAACAAUCUCUGGCAGAAGGAUUUUACAUCGGAGGCAAAUACCAUGGUCAAUUUUUAAACAACACAGGUUCGCUAGAGGUAACAAGCUCUUCAGGUAAGGAUAUCACAGCUGCUAAUAUAAAUGAUAGAAUUGGAGCAAACACAGAAGGUCAGUCGAUCAGCGAUUACAAACCGAAUUACAAUCCUCCAUUUUCUGCAAGUGUAGUGCUUGGCGGUGUAAAACAGCUUGAACAGCAUGAAUGUAGGUUUGAAUUGGAGGGAAUGCAUUCUCAGGUAAAAGUAGAUAACAUUGGCUUAAUAAACGGACCAAUUACCGUAAUGUAUAAUAUGAAAGAUAAAGAUAACAAAGAUGCUGCAUAUUCAAUGAUAGCAAAUCAUGACCAGAUUGAGAACUCAUCUGUCAUGGUAAACGCUUAUCACCAUUGGAAAAAUGACCAAUUUUCUUUCUCCCCUUAUGUUGGAGCUGGAAUUGGUGGAACAAGAAUAAAAAUGUUUGAAAAAACAUCAAUUAGACCUGCAUAUCAACUGAAAGCUGGCCUUAAUUACCAAGUAAAUAAGGAUACAGAUAUAUAUGUUGGAUACAGACACUUCGGUGUUAUUGGUGGUAAUUUUGACGAAUUUGAAACUUCAAAAGUUAAAAUUGGAACAAAGAAUGAUCCAAAUGCAGUAAAUUUUGAAAAAGAUAAUAGUGUCACCACUAAUUUAAAGAGCAGCUUUUUCGGUACACAUGGCGUGGAAGUUGGUAUGACCGUUCGCUUUGCAAGCUGA